UGUCGUCAGCUGGCCAGCUGCUGCAACGCCGUCUGCUUCGAAGCAUCAGCAAAAUUAAUUUUCGCUUCUGAGUCGAUCGAGUGAAUGUGAAAUAUGUCCGGCUUGAGGGUGAUCGGGCUUAUAAAAAACUUCACCCGAUCUCCUACUGCCUCACACCUUCAGAAGCGAUGGUCCUCCGGGACAGCAUGGCAUUAUCGAAGUGUAUCCGAACCCCCUAAGUGGGCACAGAGAGGUGCCACUGCCACUGCUGUUCUUGCUUACUGGUGGUUCUAUUGGAAUUUGUGGCAUGAUUGGCCUCAUCUUCUUGGAAUGCAUAAUGGUCAUUUUUUGAAAGAACCCAGUGAAUAUACAGAUGAAGAAUUAGGAAUACCUCCUGAUGAUGCUUAAAAAUUCAUUGAAUAGGUAAUUCAAGAGUCAUGUAAUAUACUUCAACAUGAAUAAAGUUUCAAGUAUAUGGAAUUUUUUAAAUUGA